GGCGGGUCGCUGCUCCCACCGGAAGCGUUCUUUCCCAGGCAGCGUUUCCUUCCUGUGUGAGGCUGGCUGAGGGCUCCUGCGGCCGCUGUUCCUGCCCUAGGGGUUAACAAUCAAGAUGGUACAUGCUGAAGCCUUUUCUCGUCCCUUGAGUCGGAAUGAAGUUGUUGGUUUAAUUUUCCGUUUGACAAUAUUUGGUGCAGUAACAUACUUUACAAUCAAAUGGAUGGUAGAUGCAAUUGAUCCAACCAGAAAGCAAAAAGUAGAAGCUCAGAAACAGGCAGAAAAAUUAAUGAAGCAAAUUGGUGUGAAAAAUGUGAAGCUUUCAGAGUAUGAAAUGAGUAUUGCUGCUCAUCUAGUAGACCCUCUUAACAUGCAUGUUACUUGGAGUGAUAUAGCAGGUUUAGAUGAUGUCAUUACAGAUCUGAAAGACACAGUCAUCUUACCUAUCAAAAAGAAGCAUUUGUUUGAAAAUUCCAGGCUUCUGCAGCCUCCAAAAGGUGUUCUUCUCUAUGGACCUCCAGGCUGUGGUAAAACAUUGAUUGCCAAGGCUACAGCCAAAGAAGCAGGUUGUCGGUUUAUUAACCUUCAGCCUUCAACACUGACUGAUAAGUGGUAUGGAGAAUCUCAGAAACUGGCUGCUGCUGUUUUCUCCCUUGCCAUAAAGCUACAGCCUUCCAUCAUCUUCAUAGAUGAAAUAGACUCCUUUCUACGAAACCGUUCCAGUUCUGAUCAUGAAGCUACAGCCAUGAUGAAAGCUCAGUUUAUGAGUCUCUGGGAUGGAUUGGAUACUGAUCAUAGCUGCCAGGUCAUAGUGAUGGGAGCUACUAAUCGUCCUCAGGAUCUUGACUCUGCUAUAAUGAGAAGAAUGCCUACGAGGUUUCAUAUCAACCAGCCUGCUCUAAAACAAAGAGAGGCAAUCCUGAAACUCAUCUUGAAAAAUGAAAAUGUGGAUAGACAUGUGGACCUGCUAGAAGUUGCCCAGGAAACUGAUGGGUUUUCAGGAAGUGACCUAAAAGAGAUGUGUCGAGACGCUGCCCUCCUCUGUGUCAGGGAAUAUGUUAAUUCUACUUCAGAAGAAAGCCAUGAUGAAGAUGAAAUUCGACCUGUGCAACAACAGGACCUCCAUCGGGCAAUUGAAAAGAUGAAGAAAUCAAAGGAUGCGGCAUUUCAGAAUGUUUUAACACAUGUUUGUUUAGAUUAAGAGUAAAGAUCGUUUGUACAGUUCAACGUGAUCUAGUUUGGUGUGCCCUCUUAUGAUUAGUGGAAGUAGAAUGGAAGGAGGAGUGUUCUUUAAACAGUGAGGGAGUUAUAUGUUCAUUACACUGGUUUUAUACUCUGAAUUCUAAGUUAUUGAGAUAUAGUUGUUAUAUAAAUGGUAUUACGACUUGUGAAAAAUCAUGAGAAGGAACAAUUUAAUUAGCCUGAGUGUGGGUGCUUGUGUUUGACCUCUUUAGCCAUAUGUUGCAGCCUUAUAGCGUCUAAGCUGGUCUUAAAGUAAUAAAUGAUUCUCUGAGUCAUUAUUGAAAACUGGGGAUGUGGUUAAGUGCUGGUUUCUAGAUAUGUGUGUAGGUGUACGUGUGUGUAUGUGUGUGUGUAUUAAAUGUAUAUAUUCACACAUUUUGUAUUGACAUUCUAUAGAUAGAUUUGAAUACAGAAACUUUUUUUUACCCCAACUACUGAAUCAAAAAGUACCAAAUAGCAUAUAGCAAAAUUAAGAUUAGUGGUUGUGUCUAAAAGGUACAAUGAUUCAGCUGUUUCCAGUUGUCACUUGUUUCCUUUUUGUUUUGUUUUGCUUUUCUGCUGUUGAAUAGUUGGAGUCAGGCACAUCUGAAUACUUAGUUGUGGCUCAAUUAUGGUUGUCAGGAUAAUCAAAUCAAAAUACUGAUAGGUGAUCAGCUUUGAAUGGUUGGCAGGCGGUUGUGUGAUCAACACUGAUUUCACCUCUUUCUGCAAGCAUACUGAGUAGAGACAUUUUUAAAUUGAUACGUAUAGAGGUGGAUUGAAAGCCUUUCAAGAGAAUGGGUUUGAAAAACCUCAGUGCCGUUCAAUACAUGUAUGUGACUUUCCUUUCUUCGUUUAAUGUAACAGUUCUGUUGUAACCAUGGUUUUUUCAUGUUAUUUUAAACUUACAUGUUUUUUAAUUAUGGUCAAAUAUAAUUUGGUCAUCAAAAAUGAAGUGAUAGUUUAAAACAACUUACUAAAUGUGCUAGAAAAUACUCACUCUGUAAUUUUAAUUUUUUGUUUUCUUAGCAUAUUGUAAAUUAUGCCCUACUUAGAACAAAUAUAUAAUCAAAAUCCCCAUAUUGUAUCUGUAGUUAUUUGAUGCUACAAACGUAAAAAAUGACACUUUUUUUUAUCCAAAAUUUCACUAACUAGAAUUCUGUUAUAGGCACUUAAACACACAGCAUGAGGAAAAUGGCACAAUACAAUCUUAAGGUGCCUUCUGAAUCAUCAGAAAGAUUAAAUUAUGCUUCAUAUAUUUUUGUUUUUAUUGUAUUUCUUUGAAACCUCAAUCUUUAUUCAUGAGUUGUUGAAUUAAUGUCUUUGAUAGUAAGUCUCUCACUAGAAACCAUUGGUUAGUUUGUUUUUCAAUUGUGCUUUGAAUGGUGGGUGAGGUAGGUUCAAGUUUUGAAAAAUUGUGAAGAUGAUUGGAAAAUUGAAUGCAAAACACAAGAUACCAAAAAUAAAAAAUUUUGUCUCCAUUUUUAGUAAGUAUAUUAUACUAUUAUUUUAUAAAUGUGUAAUAAAGAGGUCCCUCUUAAUUAA